ACGCGGCAGGAGCGUCGUUGACUCCUCCCUCCCCAAGAUGGCGUCUCUGCUGCAGUCGGAGCGGGUUCUCUACCUAGUCCAGGGAGAAAAGAAGGUUCGCGCCCCUCUCUCGCAGCUUUACUUCUGCCGCUAUUGUAGCGAGCUGCGGUCGCUGGAAUGCGUGUCUCACGAGGUGGACUCCCAUUAUUGUCCCAGUUGCUUAGAAAAUAUGCCAUCAGCUGAAGCCAAACUAAAAAAGAACAGAUGCGCCAACUGCUUUGACUGUCCCGGCUGCAUGCACACCCUCUCCACCCGGGCCACAAGCAUCUCCACACAGCUUCCAGAUGACCCAGCCAAGACCACCAUGAAGAAAGCCUAUUACCUGGCCUGUGGAUUUUGUCGCUGGACAUCUAGAGAUGUGGGCAUGGCAGACAAAUCUGUGGCUAGUGGUGGUUGGCAGGAACCUGAAAAUCCUCACACUCAACGGAUGAACAAGCUGAUUGAGUAUUACCAGCAGCUGGCUCAGAAAGAAAAGGUUGAGCGAGAUCGCAAGAAACUGGCGCGGCGUAGAAACUAUAUGCCUUUGGCUUUUUCGCAACACACUAUUCAUGUAGUGGACAAAUAUGGCCUUGGAACCAGGCUUCAGCGACCACGAGCUGGUGCAACCAUCAGUACCCUUGCUGGACUUUCCCUUAAAGAAGGAGAGGACCAGAAAGAGAUAAAGAUUGAGCCAGCUCAAGCUGUAGAUGAAGUGGAACCUCUACCUGAAGACUAUUAUACAAGACCAGUCAACUUAACAGAGGUAACCACUCUCCAGCAGCGCCUCUUACAGCCUGACUUCCAACCAAUCUGUGCUUCUCAGCUCUAUCCUCGCCACAAACAUCUCCUGAUCAAACGGUCCCUGCGCUGCCGGAAAUGUGAACAUAAUUUGAGCAAGCCAGAAUUUAAUCCAACAUCUAUCAAAUUUAAAAUCCAGCUGGUUGCUGUCAAUUAUAUACCGGAAGUGAGAAUCAUGUCAAUUCCCAACCUUCGCUACAUGAAGGAGAGCCAGGUCCUCCUGACUCUUACAAAUCCAGUGGAGAACCUCACCCAUGUGACACUGCUGGAGUGUGAUGAGGGGGACCCUGAUAAUAUCAACAGUACUGCUAAGGUGGUGGUGCCUCCUAAAGAGCUUGUGUUAGCUGGCAAGGAUGCAGCAGCUGAGUAUGACGAGUUGGCAGAACCCCAGGACUUUCAGGAUGAUCCUGACAUUAUAGCCUUCAGAAAGGCCAACAAAGUGGGUAUUUUCAUCAAAGUGACCCCACAACGUGAGGAGGGCCAAGUGACCGUGUGCUUUAAGAUGAAGCAUGAUUUUAAAAACCUGGCAGCACCCAUCCGCCCCAUCGAAGAAAGUGACCAGGGCACAGAAGUCAUCUGGCUCACUCAGCAUGUGGAACUCAGCUUGGGCCCACUUCUUCCUUAAAAGGUUUCACUGGUGGGCAGAUCCCAAAGGACAGUGUCACCACAAACCUGUGUUAAAAUGUGGAAGCCGCUGCUUCAUUAGGCCUUGUUUAUAAUGAUGUACCCAUGCACUACUGAAUCCUGUUCCCAGGAGGGGGGGGCAUAGGCAAGGCAUUAGGAACACAGGGCAACUGUUGUUCCUCUUGCUUUCACUUCUGUUAACACCAGUACGUCUGUGUCUCCCUCACUGAACCCUGCACGUUGAAUAACAACAGCAUAGUUUCAUCCCAAGAAAGCGGAUGGCUGUUCCUUGGAGUGGCAUUAGAUUUGCCGCUUAGAAACACUGACAUAUAUCUUCUGAUCUGAUCUCACACAGGAUCAUAAUCUCACAGAUGAAGCUUAAAAUGACAACUGAAAGAUAGACCUAUUAGCCACGAUCUGGCCUUGGUCUCAGUGUCAACUGCUUUCUGCGUCCGUUAGAUAUAAUCAGCAAUCUAAACGUAUCCCUUGACUUGCCAUCGUGUAGAUUUCCAUUUGACAGGAAAAUAGAAUUUUCACAUUGUCUUUAAUUUUGCGAUGAUUGAAAACUCUUAAGGCACUUUGAUAUGCUCUCUUCUGAGUGAAUACAGGAUACUUAUUGGUUGCUCUUAAAAAUGUUUUCCCAGCAGAAUAUGGAAUUUUUUUUUUUUAGAAGAAUUUGGGAAGCAGGCAUUUACAUGUCAUGUCAAGGGGGUGGCAAAUUCCAUUCACUUCAAAUUUUGCCACAAUAUCCAGGGAUGAAUGCUUCCACAUGGAGGCAAUCUUUGUAUGUCUUACUCUCUACCCCUUCUCUGCUCUGCCUCUUUAACUCAGUAGAUUGUUCUGAGUAUUUGCGACCUGGAAAGAACCCAAAGAAAACUUGGUAGACAAGUUUACUUCUGGAAUGCAGAGAACAUUUUAAAGGUUAGAUUGUUAGCAUGAUCUGAACUAUUGUUCUUCCAUUGAUUUGAGGUGGGAUUAACAAUUAUAAUCUCUUGAAUCCAAAACUGGAUAUUAAGAAAAAGAACCUUUCCUGAGUAUGACUUUUUUCAAAUGGUAUGUCAAAUGAGACUGUUUUGAUUGUAAACCAUAAAAUAGCUCAGCAAGUAGCCCAGAACACUUGCCUAACAGCACACAUUCUGUUUUCAUUCCAUAUCCUGGAGUGGGGUUGUUAACCUGAAUUUCUGUGAUGUUUUCUAAAAUGAGACAACAAAGUAGACCACCAUCUGCACCACAUUUUCUGUACAUGCAUUGUUAGCAAGCGGCCAACAGACUUUUGGUGAAAAGAGAAAUUUUUCCUGUUUACCAUGGUUUUGUUUUCAAGUGAAAGCCUUUAGUUUAAAAGAAAAAAAAUAAGAUCUAUAGUAAUCUAGAAUAUAGACAGGACUUAGUAUCUUGUCAGCUCCCUCUGGAAGAUAAAAAUAUUUAGGAAGCCUUUGAAAGACACUAAGUGGUACUCCUGAGGUCAAGCCAGUUUUAUGAAACAAUAUUCCACAGAGUAAUAUAUAUGGUGCAGUAUAAGAAAAAACUCAUCUCUAAUGUUAUAACAAUAAUAAGUAAGAUUUAGGCUCCUAAAAGUUGGGGCAGGGAUUGUGUAAUUACAAAUUUGCAAACUAUAGAAAUAGUUUCAUGUGUGACCCCACAGAGCGUCAAAUUAAUUUUUAUUUCACUACCUGCUAGAGCCUACUGUGAAGCCGCUCCAUUUGCUGGUGGAGUAAAGGGCAUCAAAGUAGACGAUAGCUUUCUUAGUUUACACACUUCCAUAGACUACACACAGUUGUAUGUUGUGCAUUUAUGGCAUGUAGCUGGUAUUUGUUUCCAAAGUAAUAAGGUUAAAGUAAUGGGUCUCGUCACCCCCUGUGACACAGAAACACAACACAGAAACACAAAAACACUUUUGAUCAUAGAAUUUUUUUUUUCUUCAGAAGCCAAAUUAACUUGCAGAAUAACAGAGUCAUUGGUUUAAUGUUUCCUCAAAAUAGUUUGCAGUGCAAGCUGGUAUUCUGUGUGUUAGUAGAAAUGGUUCAACAUCUGUAGCUGGUGAAUUCGGUAUUUUAUUUGUCACUUUUGUAUAUUAGAUUAGAUGCAGGAUUUUUACUGCAUAGUCGGUGUGCACCACUGCAGGCGAAUUAGAUGUCAUUAGCACUAGAAACUACAAUUUUGGAAACUUAAGGCAAAGUUAAUUUGGAUUUGUGAUUUGAUUAGCCCACCAAAGUUUUAUUUUGUUCAAAGUGCUUGUAGGCAUAUUGAGCUAAAUGUCAUGCGUAUUUGUGAAGAAACAUCCUUUUUGGUCCCUUUGGGGAAUGAGGGGCACUCCUUGAUCUUAAUGAAUGGCAGGUUCCUGUUUUGCCUUAUUGCUUAACUUAAUGUAGUGAAAUAAAGUGGACAAAGCUUGA